UUUCUUACUAUAAUCUUUGGCACAUCUGCUUUCUUCCAAAGAGUAUAUAUUCAGUUUCUUGUAGAUUUUCGGAUGCUAAAUUAUUCCAGUGAAAUGACUGCCACAGUUAUUGCGAGGGCGACGGUGCACGGCGUGCGACUGGUAGGCGACGCCAUCUCUCUAGCAGUGGGGGUUCUGUGGGUGCUGUUCACUGCGCUGCUUCGGACGCUGCUGCCCCCGCCACUACCCAAGAGCAUCGCUGGCGAGGUCGCGCUGGUAGUGGGCGCAGGACACGGAUUGGGCCGCGAUGUGGCGCUGCUUCUGGCCACCAGAGGCGCCAACGUCGUCUGCUGGGAUUUCGACGCAGCAGCCAACGGCGACACAGUCCGGCUGAUUCGCGGUGUAAGAGGCAAGGCGACGGGGUACGCAGUGGACGCAUCGAACCGCGACGAGGUGCAGGUGGCAGCGGCGCGGAUGCGGCGCGACGUGGGCGUGGUCACGCUGCUGGUGGGCGGGGCGGGGGCGCUGGCGCCACGCCUACCGCUGCUGCAGCAGUCGCCGGAGCUCAUCGAGCGCACCGUGGCCGCCAGCCUCUACUCCCUCUGCUGGACCCUGGAGGCAUUCCUGCCCGCAAUGAUUGAUAAAGGUCGUGGCCAUGUGGUGACGCUGAUAUCAGGGAAUUCUCUCAGACCAGAGCCUAACAUGGUCCCCUUCUGUGCUGCUCAAUACGCCGUACGAGGUUUUAUUGAGGCUCUGGAAGCAGAAAUUCAACAGGACAUGCGAAUGACGGGCAUCAAAUUUACCACAAUUUACACUUGGAAUAUUAAUACCAAAAGGAAUCUGGAGACACCUAGAUUUAGUUACCUACCUGUACUAAAUGCUCAGCAAAUAGCUGAAUCUGUGGUAGAUGCAAUUCUCAAGAAUUGUAAUGAACGCAGUAUCCCUGCUUUAUUGCUUCCCAUCAGCCACUUGCAGAGACUGCUCCCACACAGUGUGCUGCAUAUGACAAACAAGUUCCUACAUCGAGCUGUCGAGCUUGACUAAUUGUUACAUGGCAUGAUACAAGAUAAGAGCAUCUGUGAUACCAUUACCUGAUAUCUUUCUCACUGGAUUUGAUCAAAUUAAAAGUCACAGUGAUUUUUUUUUAAAAAAGGACAUUCAAAUAUCACCUAUAGAAGUAAUCCUUAUAGUGUUUACAAAUGGACUACAUAGGUCAUAAACAUUGUUGAGGGGAUACAAAUAUGAAUUUCAGAGAAUGGUAAGGAGUUUUGUCUAACAAUAUCUAAUUGGGCUAGUACCAAAGAGAAAAAAAUAUAAUGGAAUUGGAAAGGAAUAACACGAAAUAUUCAAAUACAGUUGAAAUACUACACCAUUCAGAGCUUGUGAAGAUAAGAAGGCUUUGACUGUCAAUGCUACUCCGGAAUUAGGCGUAAUGCCUGUUAACUUGAAAAAGAAUAAUAACUUGGAUGUAAUGUAUGCUAACUUGAUGAAUAUUUUAACUUUCUGUUUGUCAUGAGAUCAUUAGACAUAGAGCUCAGACUCAGGUAGAACAAUGAUGGAGAAGGAAAUUGGCCACAUUUACAUAAAAAUAGGAGGGAGAACAAAAAACCUAAAUCUGUAUGACUGGAUCAGAAUAUGAACUACAACUACUCUUAAAUAGGGGUCCAGUUCUUUAUACUUGUGUUCAAGAAGAAAAUUAUUUCUGAGUUUCAACAAUUAUUCUUCUCUUGCUGCAUAUUAUUUCCUGAUUGGAAGAAUAAUUUGAGACCUUGGAAGAGCCGUGAAACCACAGCUACACUCCAUGCACUAGAAAGGAGACUUCUUCGCAUGUGGGUGCUAACUUCUUCAUGAUUUGUAUAGCCUGCAUUAAAUCCAAACAGUUUUUCUAAUGUUUCUGUUGGCAGACUCUCGGGUUUGCCAUUCCCAUCAAUUAUAAAGUUUCCAAAAGCUGAAAAAAUAAAGCAUGUAUUAUUUGAAAGUA